AUUGUAAAGACUCCUAUAAGACUUGCUUCACAAACGAGUUGUUCAUGUAAAAUUUACGUGUAAUGUUGGAUAUUGAUUCCCCAUUCUUAGAAUUUAUACUAUAAAUACAGCCAUCUAAUUCUGUUGUAUUGAGAUUAAUCCAGUCUCAUAAUAUGAAAGGAAAGGCUUCGAUAUUGGUGAUCCUAUUCGUUUUGCAUUGUCAAUCAUUUUUGUGUUCUUCUCAAGAUUUCGAUUUCUUCUACUUUGUUCAGCAGUGGCCUGCUUCGUAUUGUGACACGAGGAGAAGCUGCUGCUAUCCCACUACCGGAAAACCCAAUGAAGAUUUCAGCAUUCAUGGGCUAUGGCCGAAUUACAACGACGGUAAAUGGCCACAAAACUGUGACACCUCAAGCUCCUUAGACAUAUCUCAGAUCUCAGAUCUGGUGAAGAGAAUGGAGAAAGAUUGGCCAACCCUAGCCUGCCCAUCUGGCGAUGGGGUGAAAUUUUGGGGACAUGAAUGGGAGAAACAUGGAACUUGCACAUCACUCCAUCAGCACGCUUAUUUUCAAUCUGCGCUUGAGCUCAAGAACAAAGCCAACUUGCUUCAACUCCUUAAACACGCAGGGAUUUAUCCUGGGAAAUUUUUUAGUAUGGAAAGCAUAAAAAGGGCAAUUAAAGAAGGGGUGGGGUAUGAGGCGUACAUAGAGUGCAACGUUGAUACACAGGGGAAUCACCAAGUCUACCAAGUGUAUAUGUGUGUGGAUAAAUCUGCUUCAAAAUUCAUCAACUGCCCUAUUCUGCCACAUGGAAGAGGAUGUGGGUCCCGUGUCGAGUUCCCUUCUUUCUCCCACCAUUCCAACUCCAAACACGAACUCUGAUCUCUUACGCGAUGUUGAAUCAUUUCAUUGCUCAAUUAUUCACCUAAUUUGCUCUUUUUACUUGAUUCUAUAUGUUUUGAUUAAUCUAUACAUAUAUAAAAGCUGGUCCAUCUAGCCAAAAAAAAUUCCCGCUCUUUUACUCCAUCUACUUUUGGAAAGUUGAUUUAUAUUUAGAAAGUUCACUAAUUCAUAGGAUGAUAUAUAUAGUUGCGGGGCCCACUUGCUACAAUCUAUACAGUGCUCUUUUGUAUCAUGCAAUUUAUAGUUUUGUGAAAAAUAUCCUUUAUUUUUGUGAA